AUGGGCAUUCCUUUGUGGCGUGAACCCUCUCCUCCAGCGCCAAAGAGCUCCGUCAAGAGUGAUCCUUGCGCUCACACUCGGUCGUCCAUCCGCCGCCGAGGAGCCGUGCGACAUGUCUCGCGCGCCAAUGCGAAUAGCGUAUCCCCUCGUUCAUCCUUGUCUGUUCCUCACCCCGAGAAUAGCCAGUAUGGCCGGUCCAUCCUUCAAAGCCCAUCGCUAGAUGAAGUGGCUCUGUUGGAUCCCGUGAGGGAUAGCGUAUCUGAUGAUUCUACACGGCGAGAGCUUGGCUCGCGGCUGUUACGGGAUGCUCUCAGGCACCGCCAACCUGGCCGACGUCUUCGCAUUCCACGCGAGUCUUCGCUGCGCUUCGAGAUGCCCAGCCCGCCGUGGUCACCAAACGAACCACCGCAACGCUCAUCCAUGGGAGAUUACGCCAGGAUACGACCGACAACUGACAGUUUUCCUUUCUCGCCUAGGUUUGCGCCUGCCUAUGCAUUCCGGCGUGAGAAUUCAGUUACUCCAGCUCACCCUGAAAGGCCAGCAUCGCACUCAUCGACUCCAAGGCCGCCACUGCGCACAACUGAAGAUGGACCAGCACCUAGUGUACGAUACCUACGUCGUGUCGGUCAUCGAUCAGUCGGUGAGACUAAUGGAAACACAACUUCCUCGCGACCAGAAAUUGAUGGUCUGGGCGACCGGCAACGUAGUGCUAGCCCAGAUGACGAUCUGGACAAUGCAUGGGAGACACUUCUGACAACACUGGCGCCGGAUCCCAAUUUGCCCAACGCUGACGCUGAUUCAUCAUUUACGUCGACCGGUGCUCCAGCGCCGACGAAUCAUAGCCGUGCUACUGACUCUACUCGACGAAGUCACCCCUCACAGACAUGGCAGAUCCCAUUAGGGCCGUCAGCUACGGUACAUAUGGUUCUGGAUCCCUACCCUGAAUAUCUAAAUCCCUGCGACCUUCCAGAUUCUGCCACGGGUUCAGAUACAGAGGCUGACUCGGAUCUGGAAUUACGACGAUCAGGAUCUCGCCAGCGUCGGCAUUUGCGGGCUCGACUCCUUGACUCUGCAUCUGCCCUUGGCUCCACUCAAGACAGUCAGCCCCCGAUUCCAAUAUUGUCGCGGUCAUCGACAUUGCCGUCCAUUUCUUCUUUCGCUUCCCAGGAUCGCUCUUCUGGCGUGGAUAUGAGAGCCAUCGUAGAUCGCUUGGCCCAAAGGGAAGACAUUCCUGACGAAUGGUGGGUGGCAGCUGGAUUGUCUCGCACUAUAGGUCGUCAAUUAGACGUUAGCGACGCGUCUCCAGAUCUUGUUAACGAUACUCGCACCAAUGCGGCCGACGAAGCGUGA